CAGCAUCGAAGUUUGUGUGAAGAGGAAGAGGAAGAGGAAGAGGAAGAGGAAGGAGAAGGAAGUUCUCAGGAGGGAGAAACUGUGAAAUAAUGGUAGAGACGAACGAACCUCCACAGGUGGUGCCACCACCUCCAUCACUUGCAGCACCAAGAGGUGGUCCUGUCUUUCCCCCAGCAGAGCAGCUUAACCAGCUUCAUUACUGCAUCCACUCCAAUCCUUCAUGGCCGGAAACGGUUCUUCUGGCUUUCCAACAUUAUAUUGUGAUGCUAGGAACUACGGUCAUGAUUUCUUCUCUUAUUGUUCCUCAAAUGGGUGGAGACAAUAAAGAUAAAGCCCGUGUGAUUCAGACAUUGCUAUUCAUGGCUGGAAUCAAUACACUUCUUCAAACAUUUCUUGGGACGCGACUUCCUACAGUGAUGAGUGCAUCCUCUGCAUAUAUGAUACCAGUUAUGUCUAUUGUCAAUGAUUUCUCUAAUAGUGUCUUCACAGAUGAGCAUGAGAGAUUUGUUCAUACGGUGAGAGCUAUUCAAGGGUCUCUGAUUGUCUCUUCUUUUAUUAAUAUCAUACUCGGGUACAGUAAGGCAUGGGGGAAUUUUACAAGGUUCUUCAGUCCUGUUGUCAUUGUUCCAAUGGUCUGUGUUGUGGGUCUUGGUCUGUUUGGGAGGGGCUUCCCUCGGGUUGCUGACUGCAUUGAAACUGGUCUGCCCAUGCUAAUUCUAUUGGUUAUCUGCCAGCAAUAUUUGAAGUAUGUUCAUGAUACCACAUAUUCCCUACUUGAGAGGUUUGCCUUGCUUUUCUGCAUUGCAAUUGUCUGGGCUUUUGCUGCUAUCCUUACCGUUGGUGGUGCUUACAACGGUGUCCGUGAGCAGACUAAGAUCAAUUGUCGCACUGACCGUUCUUACCUGAUGUCAUCAGCUCCUUGGAUUAGAAUUCCGUACCCUUUUCAGUGGGGCCCACCCAUUUUCCGUGCCAGUCAUGUCUUUGGCAUGAUGGGAGCAGCACUUGUUUCAUCGGCUGAGUCAACCGGAACAUAUUUCGCUGCUGCACGUUUUUCAGGUGCUACACCACCUCCAACACAUGUCCUUAGUCGAAGCAUUGGCCUGCAGGGUAUUGGCACGCUGCUUGAUGGGAUAUUUGGUGCUGCUGUUGGUACUAGCGCAUCGGUUGAAAAUGUUGGCCUUCUUGGAUUGACACAUGUAGGGAGCCGGAGAGUAGUCCAGCUAUCAACUACAUUCAUGAUCUUCUUCUCAAUAUUUGGGAAGUUUGGGGCCUUUUUUGCAUCAAUUCCAUUGCCAAUAUUUGCUGCUGUAUACUGUGUUCUAUUUGGACUUGUUGCUGCUGUUGGAAUUUCAUUUAUUCAGUUCACCAACAAUAAUUCCAUGAGAAAUAUUUACAUCUUGGGUCUCACUCUCUUCCUGGGAAUAUCCAUUCCUCAAUAUUUUUCUGAAUACUCUGCUUCGAGUGGCCAUGGACCGGUCAAAUCAGGUGGAGGAUGGUUCAAUGACAUUUUGAAUUCAAUAUUCUCAUCACCUCCAACUGUGGCAAUGAUUGUUGGGACGCUGCUUGAUAAUACACUGGAUGCCAGGCGUGCAGCUGAAGACAGAGGAUUGCCUUGGUGGGUGCCCUUCCAGAAUAGGAAGGGAGAUGUCAGAAAUGAUGAGUUCUACAGCCUUCCCCUUAGAAUACAUGAAAAGAUACGGACAAUGUCUCGGUGGGAAGUUUCAGAUCAAUCCACUAUAGAAACACAGAACGGCUUCCAAGGAUUGGCAGAAGAAGUGAUACGGUGGAUGUUUAAGGUUGGUGUAGAGGAAAAAUGGUCAGUGUUCAUUGAAAUGUUUGCUGGCUUGUGGGUGCUUUCUUUGCUUUCUGGGUUGUUCGAUUUCCUUACUUUCUCAUAUAUCGGUAUAGUGAUGGGCAUGACUAUUCCGUUCAUUUAUUUCAAGUGCGAGAGUAGUCUAAAGGGGAUAGGGGAGCGUAUGGGGAGGCGAAUGCACCAAAUGGUGGAAGAUAUGUUCCUCGGAGAGAGGGAGUAUAAGCACAAGUAAAUAAGAGAGUGAGUUUACUCGUAAGCACUGCUGUAUUAAAUGUUUUUGUGGGGAAGGGAUGCAUGCAAGGUCAAAUGAACUCCAUCAACGACUUGUACAAAAGGGGGAGGGGUGUUUUGUCAUUUCAGGAGGGGCUUUGUCCCCAUCCAAGGUCCUAUGCGUGUCAUGCACAAUUUUUUUUUUUUUUUUU